CGCACCAAUCAUCGCCAUUUUGUGUUACUGCACGUGCAUUCACAUGACUGAUGCACCGCCCAGUGAAUGUAGUGGUAAACUGGUAAAAGUGGCGAUGGCUACUCAUGCUACUGGUCAAGGUUCCUCCUCAGGUUCCUCGCAAGCUAGCCAAGCUCCUCAUCCUUCUGGUACCUCUAGUAGAAUUGAUGUAAAUAAUGCUACGAGAGCACAUCCACUUUUUGGGAUGUUGGACUACAUCAUAAGAAACACUCAAAAUCAAACCUCAAAGUUGGAGACAAGGAUAUCUACAUUAGAGAAAAAUGUGGACAAGAUAAUAGAUAUUCAGGGAGAAUUGAAGCAAUUAAUGGAAGAGUAUUGUGACAGUACUUUUUCUAUUGAAAAGACCUCUUAUCAGGCACCUCUUCGAAAAGGAGCAGCAAUUUUAUUUUGUAACUCCAUGUUCCGAACUCCUACUGAAGAUAGUGUGCUUAAAAUGGUAAAAGCCACAUUGAGAUCUGAUAUACAUUCAAAAAGGAUUCUUCAUGCAUCAUUGAAGUUUACCAAUUCUCUCUUUGUAACAUUCCGGAGUGAAGAAAGGAGAAGAAUUCUUCAUCCUUCUGGAAAGUAUCGAAAUAAAGAUACAAAAUCACUGGCUGCUCUUAUAAUGGGUUACAUGAAGGCUAAUACUGAUUCUUGUCCAAACUACACAAGAAAUCUUGCCCUUCUGAGAAAAUUUAUUCGGGAUAAACCUUCUAUUUUCACUGAAAAAAAGAGCUUUACGGUUCAUUUAAAGCUUGGGUAGAAGAGAAAUAUGGUCCUGGAGGAAAUUUGACUGCUCUUGAUUGGAAAGAAGUAUUAGAAGAAGAUAGUGCUACCUGUUAUAUGAAUGAUACUAUGACAAGUACAAGUACCUCAGAUGAAGGAGAGCUAGGAGAUUAUGAAGACCCAGCUUUAAUGAGUACAGGAGAGGAACAAGCUGGAGAUGAUCUGUAUAAUUACGUUUAAGCUAUAUAGCUAAUACAUGUUGUUUCUGAGCUGAACCAUAGUGUAUAAUUUAUUUAAUCUCAUUCAUGAUUGUUACCUUAAUGCUCACUUAUUCAUUAUGAAUUAAUGA